AUGGCUGCUCAACCUGCUUACUAUGAACUCUACCGUGGGAGCAGUCUAGGUCUUUCUUUGACCGAUACCCUGGAUGACCUCAUCAACGAAGGUCGCAUUGAGCCUCAGCUCGCGAUGAAAAUCCUCUCAACAUAUGACCGUGUGGUCACAGAGGUCUUGGCCGAUAAAGUUCGAACCCGCUUGACGUUCAAGGGCCACCUCGACACCUACCGAUUUUGCGACGAUGUGUGGACCUUCUUGAUCAAGGAUGUGUCAUUCAAACUGGACAAUCAAACCACAGUCACCGCAGACAAAGUCAAGAUCGUGAGCUGCAACAGCAAGCGGCCUGGUGAGGUCUAG